UUAUCAAACGUUUUCAGACGUGAGAGGAGAUCCUCUCGGCUAUCAGCUGUCAAAAUUCAUUGCUGUCUUAACGACAAACAAAACCGUAAAAUAUUUCAGGUAAUGAUAACGCGACCUUGAAAAUUAUAAUAAGGUAAAACCGGACGGCAGUGGGAGUUGAAUACUCCAUAAAAAGACUGACUCUUGACUGAGGAAGUACCCAGUGAUAAGACAGUGCUAAACCACUCCAGAACGGUCUUCAGAUUAAAUCGGACACUCGUGUCAAAUUCGACCGCGAGGUGGUCCAUAAUCACACGCGCGAGACGCGCACAAUUGUUGUUGUUUACUCCCAACAAAAAUUUGAAACUCCAAUUUUUAAUUACCAUUUGUGAAAGACUGGAAGCCCUUUGAGAACUUUCCAAUGAAAUUUCUCAGUUGAAUAAUUCUGGAACAGAAAUCGAUCUUUCAAAUAUUGACAUCCAUUGUGGCGAAAACCUCAUCAACAGUUAAAUCAUCACCCGAAUCAUCCGAACCAUCUAAAGAUCAUCUGGAUUUUAGGAAUAAUGAUUUUAAAUCAAAAGUACAGAUUUAUCUUUCUCCUGACAAUCAUCACGGUUAUUGCUGUGGCAUCAGGUCAGUCCGGGGAUUACAAUGAAGACCAGUACGAGCCCUCUGUCCCUGACAAUUAUCCCUGCACUGGAACUAACUUCAUGUGGUACUGCCAGUACUGCCAAUGUCGGGAUGGCGUCGUUGGCGGAUGUACGAGGAACAUCUGUCCUACUGGAAUAUGGAGAAGUAAUGGAACUCUGAUCCAUGAAAAUAGUAUUCUAAACGCAUUCAUCCUGGCUAAGAUGUUAUCGAAACCAAUCCCAUAAUUUACUGAAUCGAUACCAAAGAUAUUCUAACAAACUAGUCUUAAAAAAUUAAUUUUAUUAUAUUAUAUAAACUAUUUACGCAUUCAUUCGAAGUUUUUAAAUUGACCGAUCAAAUUAUGAGAAAAAAAUCAUCUGAACUUUGUACAUUUUUGUUUAUCAUGAUUAUAUUCCUAUUAUGUGCCAUACGAUGUCCAAAAAUAUUGCUCACUCUAAUUAAAUAAUAUUUGAUUGACUAAAAUACUUGUGCUUAUUCAUAAUAAUUACAUUUAUAUUAAAUCAAUCA